GAAACGCUUUAUCAUGUUCAAACGUACAAUCUCAAUCAUGUCAAGUUCAGCAAUUCACUUCCGUUUCCUGUUUGUUUUUGCCAUUCUCGUUGCCCUUGCAAACUCCCAAACUGAUAAACCCAAUCGCAGGGUGCAGUCCAACAAAAAGGUUGCCAUGUUUGUGUUUGGAGAUUCACUUUUUGAUCCUGGGAAUAACAACUAUGUCCCCUCCACUAAUGCCAGGUCGAAUUUCCCACCAUAUGGGGAGACAUUUUUCCGUUAUCCAACUGGAAGAGAUUGCGAUGGUCGCAUUCUUCCUGAUUUUGCAGCCGCGUGUGCAGGUUUACCAUAUUGGAGAGCUUACUUAGACCCCGAAAAUCACAAUUUCACAGUUGGAGCAAACUUUGCCAGUGCUGGAGCAGGUGCUCUGAUUGAGACAAAUAGCAAUGCGGUAUUUUAUUUUUCUUAAUCAAAACUCAGGCACUUAGAAAAGCAAGAAUUUCACAUUAAUAGGCUUUGCUAGGGGUGGACCUUGUUGAAAAGAGUGUUUAUUACUCUAUUAGUUUUGAGAAAAUUGAGUAUAUAGUUUUCAAUAUAAGGAUUUCAUUUGA